UAUAAGAAGUCGCGGAGUCCCGGGUCGCGGCGCGGAGGUCUCAGAGCCCUACCUGGUGGGGGUGUGUUGUUCUCGCCGUCACGCGUUCCGGCCACGGGGCUCACAGGAGCUCUCAGUUCGCAGGCAGCCGGCCCGCCGUCAUGGCCGACCACCUGAUGCUCGCCGAGGGCUACCGCCUGGUGCAGAGGCCGCCGCCCGCCGCGCCCGCCCAUGGUCCCCACGCACCCCGGACGCUGCAGCCAUAUGCGGGCCCGGGUCUGGACAGUGGUUUGCGGCCGCGGGGGGCCCCGCUGGGCCCGCCGCCGCCCCCACCAGGGGCACUGGCGUACGGGGCCUUCGGGCCGCCGCCCGCCUUCCAGCCUUUAGCAGCAUUGCCGCCGCAGGCCACCGGCUGCGCGCACCUGCAGCCGGUGGCGACGCUGUGCCCAGGCCGCGCGACCGCGACCCCUGGCUCCCCGGGAGGCCCCCCGGGCCUGCAACUGGAAUCCGGCACCCCGGGCCCGCCGCCGCCUGCGCACGCCCUGGGCGGCAUGGACGCCGAACUCAUCGACGAGGAGGCGCUGACGUCGCUGGAGCUGGAGCUCGGGCUGCACCGCGUGCGCGAGCUGCCGGUGCUCUUCCUGGGCCAGAGCGAGUUCGACUGCUUCUCAGACUUGGGGUCGGCACCGCCCGCCGGCUCGGUGAGCUGCUGAGCACGGCCGGGCGCGUGCCUGGAGUGCCCGAGUGGAAAAAGGGGUCUGACUGCCCAGUGGACUGAGAACCCAGCGCCUGGGCCCCAGCACGCACCCUCCGUGAGGGUGGAGGCAGCGGGCUAGUGCACGGAGUUAACACACGGCUGGGAUACCUGGCGUCACUCCAGGCCCUGCCUCCUGCAGAAUGACAGUUUGGCAUCACCUCUCUGACCUGGAGCCUCAGCGGUAAAGUGAAGGGCGCUGGACCCCCUUUCCGACUCCACGUUCUUGGAUUCUGUGUCCUCUCCUCUCCCCCUCUCCCCCAAUCUGAGCCAUUCCAGGCCUCUGCCUGAUUCCCCCCCCCCUCCUUGUGCAACCCACUGUGGUCACUGGGUCCCUGGAGCUGCCAUCCACUGGGGCCACCACCCUGGAUGCCUGGGCCUCGAAGUCGUUGGGCCUCCCGCCCUGGAAGGGGAAGACUUUACAGCCCUAACCCCUGCAGAGUGGAGCAGUGCCCCAUCUGGUCUCCAAAAACCAAAAUAAAACU